GCCGCCACGAUUGCCUCACCGUGGACGCCGUUGUCCGGGCCCGGGGACGCCGACAAGGGCCUGGACUUGGAUGUCGGCGACUGCGAUGACGACAAGGACCUCGCCUCGGCCGACGCGGAGGGCGUCUGGUCGCCGGACAUCGAGCAGUCGUUCCAGGAGGCGCUCGCCAUCUACCCGCCAUGCGGACGGAGGAAGAUCAUCCUGUCGGACGAGGGGAAGAUGUAUGGUCGAAAUGAGCUUAUAGCAAGAUAUAUCAAAUUGAGAACAGGAAAGACAAGAACGCGCAAACAAGUCAGCUCUCACAUUCAAGUUCUUGCUCGUCGGAAACUCCGGGAAUUGCAGGCUAAACUCAAGGUACCUCCGAGGCUAGGGAUCUCAAGUGAUCUUGCCGCAGAUGAUGCUGACUCAAACGGCACAGCACAGCACAGCGCGCUUCUUGCCAAGUUUUGGCAACCUGGUCUACAACCUGGAACAUCACAAGAUGUCAAACCAUUCAGCCAAUCGGCCUAUGCGGCUGGAAAGCCAGCAACCGCAGUUUCAUCUCCUGAUAUGGCACUUCAAGCUGCACCUCCACCAGCCUGGGAAGGCCGUGCCAUUGCAACGCAUAAGCUGAGACUUGUUGAGUUUUCAGCGUUCAUGGAACAGCAACGAGAUGCAGACAACGUCCAUACACAUCUUUUUGUACACAUAGGAGGCACAGUUACUUAUGCAGACCCACAAUUAGAGAGAGUAGAUGUCCGUCAAAUAUAUGAUAAAUUUCCGGAGAAGAAGGGAGGAUUAAAGGAAUUGUAUGACAAGGGUCCUCAAAAUGCAUUUUUCCUUGUCAAAUUUUGGGCUGACCUUAACACAAACAUUACUGAGGUUUCAGAGGCUUUCUAUGGUGUUUCUAGUAUGUAUGAGAGUAAUGAGAACAUGACAAUAACCUGUUCAACUAAGGUUUGCUCAUUUGGCAAACAAGUUGUGGAAAAAUUAGAAACCGAAUAUGCAAGAUUUGAGAAUGGAAGAUUUGUUUACCGUAUUCCUCGCUCACCCAUGUGCGAGUAUAUGAUCAAUUUUAUUCACAAAUUAAAGCACCUUCCAGAAAAGUACAUGAUGAAUAGUGUGCUUGAAAAUUUCACCAUCCUUCAGGUGGUCACAAACCGUGAGACACAAGAAACCUUACUAUGUAUAGCAUAUGUCUUUGAAGUCUCAACAUCAGAACAUGGUGCUCAACAUCACAUAUACAGGCUUGUGAAAGAUUAGUUUGUCUGUUACUGUGUCAUUUGAAAAUUGCAUUGGACAUGAAUAUCUCUUGACACAUGCUGACCAUUCACCAAAAAUGCUCUCCAUCUGUGCCUAAUUUUCACCUCCAUUGAAUGGUCUCUUAAGUAUUAUGUGUUGUUUUUUUUGUUUGUUUUAUUUUGUGUUAAAUAUUUUUUUUAGAAACUUGUGACGUGAGUGAGAUGCGCCUUAUUGCCCUGUAUGUGAAUGUUUUCUGAAUUUUCCUUGAGUUCCUUCUGUAAUCAACUUGACAUGUCUGUAGGUGGGUUACUAAUUAGUAUUCUAUUAUACUGUACAAUACACUUGUUCUAGAUUUUGCGUCAGUAACGUAUUUCUUUGGCUUAACUGAAAUAUAAAGCAGUACAAUGACAUGCCGGGCAGUAUGGCGACCAUACAUAAGGCAGCUCAUGUGUCAUACUGAGUGGUUUCCACCAUUGGUACCAUCAACCUUUCUCUAUCUGAGAUUAUAUCUUAGCGGUUUUUAUUUGAAAUUAGUCUCUCUUAUAAAUUGUCAUCCGCUAAAACUACUACCCAGUGGAAAGAAGAUAAAUAGAUCAUUUGACAUCAAGAGAGUCAUUUUGACAUCAUUUCAACAUCAUUUUGACCCAAAUCUGAGAUAAAAUUGAGGUCAAAAUAAUUCCCUUGAUGUCAAAUGACAUCACUUUGAUCUUUUUCUUUUUAGUGGGUAUUGUGCAACAAAAAUCUUGUUACAAUGAAAUUAAUUGUAUUUGCUUACUGUUGACCUUAAGUGGUGUGUAUUAAUGGCAAACUCAAAAUGACUGUGAAACCUUGCAGUGUGACAUCAUGGUGCGUUUCAAUUUUAUGCAUGCCUAAACUUUUUGUUACUUGUAUGCAAGUGGUCAUGUGCUGCUCAUAGGGACCCUGCAAUCUUUUGAUCUCUCCUUUAGUCAAAACUAUGCAUUCAGGGUGAGUUGAAAAUGUCGUAUUUUAAGAGAUUUUCACAUGUUUUGAUUGUGAAGGACUUAAUAAUCUAAGCCAAAUUUUUUCCAAAUGUUGGGUUUGGAUAGAUUAGAUUUAUCAGAUUAAAUCUUUAGAUAUUAUAUAGCAUCACUAUAUUAAGUUAAAAGUAUUACAGAAAGUAAUGAACAAAAGUCUAUUUAUCAAUUUGUCUUCUGUGAAGAUUCCUAAGGCAAACCACUUUAAUUUCUUGUCAUGAAAGUUUGAUACGUUUUGUGUGUUUGUGGUGCUGUGGGCAAAACCGCUUUUUCAGGCCAUUUUGUCAUUUGUCUUUGAGUAUACACAAUUUAGGCCAAGAAAUAUCUCUAGAAAUUGUUUUCUAUUCCCAGUGUUUUUCAACCGUUAAAGUGAACUACCACACAUUAUGUACACGUGUUCAUUUGAAAUUAGUUGCGUCUAGAUAUCUGGGUGUCUUGAGUGCCAAGCCAUGCUAACAUCAUAGGGCAGACUCCCAAGACGCCCACACUUUUGGAUGCAGCUGCUAAAGCUUCUACAUGUUUGGAAAAGUUUAUUGCUGGUAGUACAUUUUCUGAAAAUCUAAUCACUACAUAUUUCAGCUUAUGUAAGACAAUAAGUAUAUCUACAUUGUUUAUUUAAAAUUGUAUGUUUGUUCAUUUAUUCUAUGGUAAAAUAUUUUGAUGUGGGAAUACAGGCAUCUGCUAAAACGCAAAAGAAAACAAAAGGAACCUGAUCAUCAAAGUUGGUUUUGCUUAUCAUCGUGCAUAUGAUCUUCAUAUAUUACAGAGGUCCAACUCAUGUCUGAGACAUUAGAUUGUUCAAAAUACUUGUUGAUAAACAUAAUUUCCAAUCAUUGUCUCACACGUUUGUUGCUUUUUAUUCAUUUAAAAGUUUUACGUCAAACCUGUUUUGGAUGAGUCGCAUUUGUUUCUCACUUUCAUAUUUUCUUUUAAAAAGCGCAACUUUUCUCUUACUGUAUUUUUUUCUGUGGCCAUAUCUUUGACUGCCAUAUCAGAUCAUAUCCAUACCAUACUUUAAAAAGUAUGUGUUUUCAAAGUUAUAUUUCUGUCUCCCUUUUGAACUUAUCAUUGCUUUCAUUUCUUUAUGCAAUAGGUAUUGGUGAAGUACAACUGCAUUCGUUAUGCAAAUAUGAAGACGAAAACAAAAUGACUAGUAUUAUAUGUAUGUAGUUGGAAUUUCAUUUGGAAAUGUACUUUUAUUUUAUUUUAAUGAAAUAGCUUUUGUACAGUUCAAAUUAUGGUUAAUGACUGCUGUGCUAGCUUCAAAAGCCUGCGUUAGCAACCCAGCAAGCUGGUAUGUGGACCAUGUGAAUGCCCUCAAAACCGCAAACUCAAUUUCUGUGUGUCAAAGUUGUUGGUCGUGAUUUUUCCUCAAAAACUUAUGUCCCAAAAUUGACAUGAAAUAUUAACAUUGUAUUCAAAACUGAAAGUAUUAUUUGUGUAGACUUACCAAGAGAAAUGUUGGUCUAUUAUAUAGGUAGCAUGCAGUGAUAGUGUUUUUAUUUGUUUGUUUUAGACCACAAUAUUUUUAUUUAUAUUUGAUUUUACAUCAGAUUGUUUUCUUUAAGGAUGCAAUUCAUUUGUCUCCCUAAUCUUUAUCAUCUAUUGUGAUAGAAUUUGUUUCUCGACAUCAUCUGAAAACUCAGUUUUAUUUGUGAUGACAACAGCAGUAUGUAAGUAAGUGUGUGUAUGGAAAAUGUGUUACUUCUUUUGUGAAUGAAAUCUUUUAUAUGGCCCUGAUUGACAUAAUUGCAAUUUGUAUAGAGCCACUCUUAAAGUGUAAAACACUAUUUUGUACAAAGUUGCUUACAUCGGAUACAGAAACAAAAUGUUGCCAUAUAUAUAAAUUUAUAUAUUUUGAUUUAUGGAAUAAAUAUACAGUUGUAAAAA